GCUGGUGAUGAUAUGGCCUCCGCCAGCUCCAGCCGGGCAGGCGUGGCCCUGCCUUUUGAGAAGUCUCAGCUUACCUUGAAAGUGGUGUCGGCAAAGCCCAAGGUGCACACUCGACAGCCUCGCAUUAACUCCUACGUGGAGGUGGCCGUGGAUGGACUCCCCAGCGAGACCAAGAAGACGGGCAAGCGCAUCGGGAGCUCUGAGCUUCUCUGGAAUGAGAUCAUCGUUUUGAAUGUCACGGCCCAGAGUCACUUAGAUUUGAAGGUCUGGAGCUGCCAUACCUUGAGAAAUGAACUUCUAGGCACCGCUUCUGUCAACCUAUCUAACGUCCUGAAGAACAAUGGGGGCAAAAUGGAGAAUACACAACUGACCCUGAACCUGCAGACAGAGAACAAAGGCAGUGUUGUUUCGGGUGGAGAGCUGACAAUUUUCCUGGAUGGACCAACUGUUGAUCUGGGAAGUGUGCCUAAUGGCAGUGCUGUGACAGAUGGAUCACAGUCAUCUUCUAGAGAAUCCAGUGGGACAUCCAUUGGUUCGGAGAACCGGCAUCAACCUCCCAGCACAAACUGCUUUGGUGGAAGAUCUCGGACACACAGACAUUCAGGUGGUUCAGCCAGAACAACCACAGCAACCAGCGAGCAAAGCCCUGGUACCAGGAACCGGCACCGCCAACCCACCAAGAACCCAAGCCACAGUGGCCUGGCCAGUGGCACAGUGAAUGAGGAACCUACUACAGCCCCGGAUCCUGAAGAACCUUCUGUUGUUGGUGUCACGUCCCCGCCUGUCACAGCCUUGAGUGCGACCCCAACCCCCAACACAACAUCUCUCCCUGCUCCUGCCACACCGGCUGGGGGAGAAGAGCCCAGUACUUCAGGGACACAGCAGCUGCCUGCUGCCCAGGCCCCGGAUGCCCUGCCUGCUGGGUGGGAGCAGCGAGAGCUACCCAAUGGGCGUGUCUAUUAUGUUGAUCACAAUACAAAGACAACCACCUGGGAGCGGCCUCUCCCUCCAGGCUGGGAAAAACGCACAGAUCCUCGAGGGAGGUUUUACUAUGUGGAUCACAAUACUCGGACUACCACCUGGCAGCGCCCGACAGCUGAAUAUGUGCGGAACUAUGAGCAAUGGCAGUCACAGCGGAAUCAGCUCCAGGGAGCAAUGCAGCACUUCAGCCAAAGAUUCCUCUACCAGUCUUCGAGCGCCUCGACCGACCACGAUCCCUUGGGCCCCCUCCCUCCUGGCUGGGAAAAGAGACAGGACAAUGGACGGGUGUAUUACGUGAACCACAACACACGCACCACUCAGUGGGAAGACCCUCGAACCCAGGGGAUGAUCCAGGAACCAGCCUUGCCCCCAGGAUGGGAGAUGAAAUAUACCAGUGAAGGAGUGCGGUACUUUGUGGACCACAAUACCCGCACCACCACCUUUAAGGAUCCUCGCCCAGGGUUUGAGUCAGGGACGAAACAAGGUUCUCCUGGUGCCUAUGACCGCAGUUUCCGGUGGAAGUAUCACCAGUUCCGUUUCCUUUGCCAUUCAAAUGCCCUACCCAGUCACGUGAAGAUCAGCGUUUCCAGGCAGACACUCUUUGAGGAUUCUUUCCAACAGAUCAUGAACAUGAAACCCUAUGACCUGCGCCGCCGGCUCUAUAUCAUCAUGCGUGGCGAGGAGGGCCUGGACUAUGGUGGCAUCGCCAGAGAGUGGUUUUUCCUUUUGUCCCACGAGGUGCUCAACCCUAUGUACUGUUUAUUUGAAUAUGCUGGCAAGAACAAUUACUGUCUGCAGAUCAACCCGGCCUCGUCCAUCAACCCUGACCACCUCACCUACUUCCGCUUUAUUGGCAGAUUCAUUGCUAUGGCAUUGUACCAUGGAAAGUUCAUUGACACAGGCUUCACCCUCCCUUUCUACAAGCGGAUGCUCAACAAGAGACCAACCCUGAAAGACUUGGAGUCCAUUGACCCUGAAUUUUACAACUCCAUUGUCUGGAUCAAAGAGAACAACCUAGAAGAAUGUGGCCUGGAGCUGUUCUUUAUCCAGGACAUGGAGAUCCUGGGCAAGGUGACAACCCAUGAGCUGAAGGAAGGUGGCGAGAGCAUCCGAGUGACCGAGGAGAACAAGGAAGAGUACAUCAUGUUGCUGACUGACUGGCGUUUCACACGCGGUGUGGAAGAGCAGACCAGAGCCUUCUUGGAUGGCUUCAAUGAGGUAGCCCCACUCGAGUGGUUGCGCUACUUUGAUGAAAAAGAGCUGGAGCUGAUGCUGUGCGGCAUGCAGGAGAUAGACAUGAGUGACUGGCAGAAGAACACCAUCUACCGGCACUACACCAAGAACAGCAAGCAGAUCCAGUGGUUCUGGCAGGUGGUGAAGGAGAUGGACAAUGAGAAGAGGAUCCGCCUCCUGCAGUUCGUUACAGGAACCUGCCGCCUGCCUGUUGGGGGAUUUGCCGAGCUCAUCGGGAGCAAUGGCCCACAGAAGUUCUGCAUCGACAAGGUUGGCAAGGAAACAUGGCUGCCCAGAAGCCAUACCUGCUUCAACCGCCUGGAUCUCCCGCCCUACAAGAGCUAUGAACAGCUGAAAGAGAAGCUGCUGUAUGCCAUUGAGGAGACUGAGGGCUUCGGACAGGAGUAACUGCGGCGGUCCCUCCCACACCCCUCAGUGAACAUGUAGUCCCAAGUCCUCCCUGCCCGAGAGGCCACUGGCCACGCAGCCCUCAGGAGGCCCCCAUGGAUGGUGGCCCUGCGUGGGACCUUGCUUUCAUCACGUUGGUGACAGAAGAGCCAGGAGGCGGUGUAGCCCUCCCUCCUGCCUGCUGGUGGCAGUCUGGAAUAAAGCCCCUAGUCACCUUUGGCCCCAUCACCCACUGCAAAGUCUGAGGGCUGACCCUGUCUUCAGAACUACCCCUAGGUCAAAAGCCUGGGCUGUGUUGAGUGCGUGCUUAGGCGAGAUCAGCCACUUGGGAUGGCUGCCCUGGAGUGAGAAAGCCGAGGGUCUUUGCGGGCAUGGGAGUUUGUGCUUAGCUACAACUUCCCAGGUCUGUCUGAAAUGCAGGUCUGAGGGAGAAACUGCAUGGAGGCAGCUUCGCUUCCCUCCUAGGCAGGCCGUAGCCACAGAGGCUCAGCAGUGGACUUGGUUCCCCCAGUUCUUGGUGUGGCCAGCUCGUCUCUUGCCAGCCAAGGACUGGGUGAGCCACGCACCACAGGGAUCCCCAGGAGGGAAAUGACGAACUCCCUCAGGCUGGCCUUCUACAUAAACUUGAAGCGUUUGUGUUUAGGGUUGUUUCCUGCUUUGUUUUUGGUAUGCUGCUGUCCCUUUCUGUCAAGGAGCUGGUACCUCGGGUGUCCUGAGGCCUCAAGGGGACCCAGCCCCAUCGGUCCAGUUUUCCCAUCUGCCCCUUCUCUCAGGAACCAGCUUAGCCGUUCUGUGAGCUCAGUAGGCCUCACCUGGAGGCUUGGCUGCCCAGCAGCCAAGGCCCUGAGCUCAUCACAUUUGCGCCUUCACUAGGAUUCCCUUUGCUUCAUGCGGUCACCCAGGCGGGGCCCCGGCAAAGGGCAGGUGGGCCUGGGGGUCAUCUCUGAGAACCUCCGGAGCUGCAGCAGCUGUCAGUCCCUAGCAUAGAAUGGAGGCAUCCUGACCAGCUGAGGCUGUGUAGACUUGAGUCUUUAUCUGCCAGUGGGAAAUAACACCACCGAAAACUAGCAGAAGGCUAGCUCAGGAGCUGCCCCAAGGGCCUGGCUUAUUUGACUCCCAUGAGCCCCCAUUGUGGGGACACAGCCCCCGAUUGACAUCUAGUUGUGCAAGUUCUGCUUGGGUGCUCCCUAGUCCAGGUUCCCAGGGCUGUGAGGCUGCAGACCAGCCUCCUGGGCCCUGGGCGGGUUCUCCAGCCAGUCCCUGGCGCCUUCUGAGGAUGGUCUUUCCUCUACAUUCAGUCCUUCCCCUGUGUAGGGAGGCUCAGUCCGCACCCACCCAGGCUGCAGUGAUUUGAGUGGCCGACUUGCUGCAGUGCAGCCCUUCCUUUGAUCACUCACUGUACUUGCUCUGCACGAGUCACCGCAAGGGCCUGGGGGGUAGGGGCUGUGUGGGAGCUGCCAGCGAGGAUGUUCACGUGUGUUCGUAUGUGUGCGUGCAUACAUGUAUAUAACUGAAGUGUUUGUGGAGUGCCCUGCAGCAGCACCACUGGAUUGGUUGAUGGACUGUUUUGUAAUGCCCGCCCUGCCUUGGUAUUGCCAGUUUCUUGUGCAAUAAACAAUCAGCAGCUGUG